UCUUAUCUUUCUCUUGUAAAUAACUCUACUUUUUGUUUAUGUGAUAUUAAAGUUUAAUUACAUUUUUGCACAUUAAUGGAAUAUUCGAUGAGAUGGAUAAGAAACCGGUGUAUUAUCAACGGACACCGUUAUGGACGGCAUCAUUUGGAGUCGAUGAAACUCAAAGGGCCCCAUCUGUGGGUGGUUUGAGGGCAGCUUUUAAUCAGCGCAACAACAUCCCGAUGGAUAAUGUUCAGCCCAAAAACGUUGAGGAUGAUAACUUGGAUAAUAAUUACUUUGAACAUGUGGAACUUGCCCCGAUGGGGGAACAAAAAAAUGAAAGUGAUGUUGUUAGUUACACGAAUAGGUUGCACUCGAUACAUAGAAAUCGGUUGAGUAAUAAUAAGAGAGGUGAUUUAGAAAAGUCAUUAGAUGCAAGAACUGGCGGGGUGAACGGUAGGACGUUGAAAUGGCCUAGAGCAACAGGUGAUAUGGCGGAGUUGAUUGAAAAUCACGCGGAGCUGAUCGUUGCCAAAAUGGAGCAGGACGCUUUGUUAAUGGAAGACUCCCCCACUUCUGAGGAACUCAGAAGGGAGGCGUUGCGGGAUAUGCCCCAAAGUCUGACCUUGAAAAGGUGCGUGAAAGAGAAGCUGUCGAAAUCCGUCAGCCAGAAAUCGAAAAGGAAACCCUUGGGAUGCUUCAAAAUGUUCAAGUAUAGGAUGAGCAUUGGUGUUUCGAAGUUUAAAAUAAGCAUGAAAAACCUUGCGUACACCUUCGAGCUGUGGUAUGGUACAGUGAAGCAGAUUGAGGGCAAUUUUGGGUCGGGUGUGGCGAAUUUCUUCAAAUUCUUGAGAUGGAUAUUCAUUUUGAACGCGAUUAUGGCACUCGUAUCAUUUUCUUUUAUCGUCAUACCCCAGAUAAUCUUCACGGUAAGGAACGGUACUCUUUUCGACGGUUUCGACGUAGAAGAUAUCUUCACCGGAGAGGGAUACCUGACAAACAGUUUUCUUUAUUAUGGUUUUUAUACAAAUCUGACUAUUACCGAAGCAACUCUGCCCUAUCGCAUACCCGAUGCUUAUUUUUAUACCAUGGUUUGCCUGUAUCUAUGUUGUUUUGCAGUUUUAAGUAUUAGCGUUGCCCUGGAUUACCGACGCAGUUUCAUCGAAACCGAAGGCGGCUUAAAGUACGUCUUUGCUCAAAAAAUAUUCUGCGGCUGGGAUUACAACAUCGCGACGGACGAUGCCGCGCUGCUCAAAUCACGGGCUAUCUACAACGAUCUGAGGGAGUUGCUGUACGACGUUAUGUACGAGUCACACGAGGACCCGUUCAUUGUGAUAUUCUGGACCGGGACUAUGCAGGUGAUGAUGAAUAUUUUGGUGGUGCUGUCGCUGGCCGGCAGCGGUUAUUUGAUGUGGUUCUUAAUGGACAUGGCGAUGAAGGAACAUUGGUCCUCGAUGUAUUCCGCGAUAGUCGUUAAUCUUAUUAUGACGCUGUUGCCUAUCGUCUUCAGCUGGGUGAUCAAUUACGAAGGCUACAAAACCCCAAAAACAAAACUGUUUCUCACUCUCGUCAGGACGUUUGUCUUGGGAUUUGUCAUAAUCGGAGUCCUAGUUACGUUUUGGUUAAAAAAUCCAGACGGAGAAUGUUGGGAAACAUCAUUAGGCCAAGAGACCUACAGACUGAUUCUAUUCGAUUUCAUAUUCUCCAUAAUAGUUUUACCUCUAAUCGAUCUAGUUUCGUAUUGCUUUUGCAGGUUAAUGGGAGAGGGUCAGCUACAUUUCGACAUUGCGCGCCACACCAUGCAAAUCAUCUACAACCAGACCCUAUUCUGGGUCGGAUUUUUCUUUUCGCCGUUCCUCGCUGUUAUAAUAGUGGUUAAACUCCUAAUAAUGUGGUACGUGAGAAAAACCAUUGUACUGAAAUUCUGCAGGCCCUCUUCGAAGACCUGGAGAGCGGCACAAACCACCACGUGGUUCUUAAUGAUGUCGUUCCUCAGUUUGUUGCUGGUAAUGGGCCUUUUAGGGUACAUCAUAACAUCGACGCCUACUACCAACUGCGGUCCGUUUAGAGACUACGAUUAUGUCUAUGAAAUCGUCACGUUCGGACUCUUACAAUUGAGGGAACACAGCAAGGUUUUGAACAUACUCCUCUUUGUCACCAAGCCAGGUUUUAUCGCAUUAGUUUUGAUAGCGUUAUGUGGAAGAGUGUAUUACAUCAGAGCAAAAGCACAAGCGCAGCGUGGUAUCGUCGCAAUUUAUAGAGAGAUGCUGGUGUGGGAGGCGCGAGAUAAAGAGUUUUUGCUGCAGAAAAUAGCUUUAGUCACAAAAGGCGAAUGGAAGUACAAGCUUCAGGAAGGCCGCGAGCACAAUCCUAUCACUUCCCAAAAGGGCGCACCGAGGUUAAAGGGAUUACAAGGCGAUUUCAUACGAGAGCCAUCCAGAUCUUCACUCACUUCAUCUGCUGCGGGUCCAUCUGACGCGGAUAACGAUUUUUCUAGCUACAAGAAGAAUUCGUAGAGAACAAAAACGAUUUAGUACUAGUCAGUAAGUCAUUUUUUUAAGUUCGUUAGUUCUGUGCCUUCUCAUGUCGUGCCAAGUAUGAAAGUGCAAUAUCUUUAUCUUUAAAUUUGAAUUUAUUAAUAUUAAUGUACUCUCUAGUCAAUAGGUGAAAAUAUUUAGUGUUAUACGAAGUUAGA